AUGGCAACAUGUGGCGAAUUUCAUGUAUGUUUUAAAUGCAAUAAACCUCCGGCAAAAUACUUAUGCACUGGGUGUAAAAAAUAUUUUUGUCCGAAGGAUUUUAGAGAACAUGAACAACAGUUAAUAACGAAAUUCGAUAAUGAAAUAGUAAGAUCUCAUGAUGAACUUCUUGAUCAAAUUCAAAAAUUAGAAAAAUCAAAUAAUUUAUCAUUGGAUCUUUUCGCUCAAAUUGAACAAUGGAAAAAACUAACAAUCCAAAAAAUCGAACAAACAGCAGAAAAAGCUCGUCAUGAACUCAUCGAACUAAUCGAUAAACAAAGAAUUGAAAUAAAAAAACAAUUUGAAACAAUAACAAGAGAAAUUCGAACUUGUCGAGAUGAAGAAAAUUUCGUUGAAACUGAUAUUGAUCGACUUCAAACGAAAAUCAAUGAAAUUCAGGGAACACUUCAACAAUUUCUUGGAAAAGAAACAAGUAAGACCAUUGUUGUAGAUGUCGGUCAAAUCGAUUGGAAUCGAAUUCUUUACAUCAGAGGUAAGAAAAAACGGAAAUAUGGCUAA